AUCCUCAACGACAUGGAAAGGCCUUCUGGCAAAUAUUAAAAGCUACAACAUUUCUGCAACUGAAAUUGAUUUUGUUCCUUUCAAAGCCCGUUUCUGAAAAUUGGGAAGAGAGAAAGAGGAUCGGAGCUAGCUCGUGCUUCACUCAUCUCUGCCGUCGCCAAUCGGUGUCUCCUUCGUCUCAGCCACCGUUUCCGAUUUUGGAAGUCGGAUAAAAGGAAGCUAUGGAAGAUUUGCUAACGGAACUACCCCCACCUUCAAGAUUCUUUUUGGAAGAUCUCAACAACUUCACUCUUCCAUCAUCACCACUUCCAUGUCCUUUCCUGGUUUUCUCUACCCCUAAUGUGAAAAAACCUCUCCGCCCCACUCUACUCAUCGUUGCCAUGUCUUCUCCAUCUCUUUAUUUCUUCCACCAUUUGUCUUCUAAAACCUUAGUAGGAACCCUCGUUCUUCCUGAGAUUCCCUUCUCCGGCAACUGUAUUGAACCCUCUCUCAGAGACAAAUCCUGCAAUAUAUACGCCCUCAAUGAUCCUGAUAAUUUGGUUCUCAUUGUUUCUGUCCAGUGCUCAAUAGCAGCAGAGAGAUCUCAUGCUGUCGCAAAGUUGCUGAUCAGUGAGCAGAUUGUUCCAGAGAGGGUUUUGAUCUUGGAUUCAGUUCAGAGCCGAAACUUUCGGGGUAAGCUCUCACCAGAUGAAGCAUCCGCCUUCAAGCUGGAGACAUCAUUGGAAAGAAAGGGGCUUGAUGAUGGUUGUGGAGAUUCAUCACUGCUAAAAAAUUCAGACUAUUUGCCAUCAGGAAGUGUGAUAGAUGGCUUCUCUGCUGCUCUACUUGGUCGAUGUCAGAUGAAGAAAAUCAAGGGAACUCUAUGCAUUUCGUGGCCUGUAUUAAGUACAACUGUGAAGUCUCUGAUUGCAUCUGUAUUGCUAAAGGAUGUCUUGUCUGGCUUGGAUUACAGUAUUGAUGGUGAUAACGAUGAGGAAUAUUUAAAGCUUGACCAAAUCAAGAACCAUCCUCUUGAUUCUGAAUUGUAUACCUGAUAAAAAUAUUUUUCACAUACUCACUUCUUUCUAUUCUUUUCCUUCUUUUUGGGGAGGGUGGAGGGUUGUGCUCUUGACUUUCACAUAGUUGUGACCAGACCUGAGCAUUCUUUUUCCUUCUCACAAUAGCUUCAAGAAUUGUUCUUUUUUUGUUUCCUCCAUUUCUUUUUUGGUAAACUGUGAUUCAGAUAUUGGCUCUUAAUUUUGUCAAUGUUAUAUUUUUCUAAAAAAUACCAACUUAUAUGCGUGUGUAUGUGUGUGCAGUGCACGUCUUUCUUAGUUCUACUUAACGAUUGUUUUAUAGCCAGUAGCCACUGAUGUUGAGAAAAUUGUAGCGAAGGUCAUAGAAAGCGUAGAGGCCUGUCAAUUUAUGAGGCGAAGGGUGCAUGUGAUCUUGUAGUUGAAAGAGAAGUUCUGUAAUCUGAACCUGCUCUACUAGCUGGUUUAUGAAUUUGUUUCAAGUGAAUGACCUUUCUGAAACCAUGCAAGUCUAUCAUAUGAUGCCACUCUCACUGCCAUUUGUACUAAAUUUUUUAUGAA